GGUGUAAAGCUAAACAAUCGAUCACGAGGAUUUCAGAAAUAAAAUUUAAACAACAGAUUAGAUGCUUUAGUUGAUAAAUCAAAUCCAUAUUUUUAAAAAGAUUAUUGAAUGAAAGCAUUUAUUUUCUAAUUCUGGUAUGCAUGCGAAUCUUUUAUAGGCGAAUUAUUCCAUUCGUAACCAAAAAAUGAAGUGUUUGAUUAUUGUGCUGUUAGUUGCUGUAGUUUCUUCGAAUAAACAUCAAUGUCCUGGUACUACUUUUUCAUGUGAUGAUAGUGCUACCUGUUGUCAAUUGCUUGAUAAAAGCUAUGGCUGUUGCCCUUUAUUAAAUGCUGUUUGUUGUGAUGAUCAUAUACAUUGCUGUCCUGCUAAUACCAAAUGCUCAGCUGGGAUGUGUAUUCAGCAGACUUCAAGAGGAGUCACAAGUUUCCUUGCAAACCCAAUCAGAGCAAAGAAUGUAACAUGUCCUGGUGGCCAGUUUACUUGUCCUGAUGAUACAACUUGCUGUGAAGGCUCUGCGCCUGGUUCAUAUGGUUGCUGUCCUUUGGAAGAUGCUGUUUGCUGUGAAGACAAGGAGCAUUGUUGCCCUAGUGGUACAACAUGUAAUCUUAAAGAACUGAAAUGUGAUGGAGAUGGUUUCACCUCUUUGAUGUACGAUUCCAAAAAGAAACUUCAUAGGUCUCAUAAUGUGGAGAUGGACCAGAUUGUUGAAAUGGAGCCGAGUUCAAAGUCUAAUUUUGUAUGCCCUGGAUCUUCUUUCCAAUGUCCAGAUGUUUCCACUUGUUGUAAAUUGCCCGGUGAUGAGUGGGGCUGCUGCCCAUUCGAAAAUGCAACAUGCUGUGAAGACAAGGUGCAUUGUUGCCCAGAAGGUAUGACCUGCAAUGUUGCAGAACAGAGUUGUGAGAGAGAUGGUUUCACUUAUUUGAUGUUUGAUUCCAAAAAGAAACUUCAUAGAUCUCACAAUGUGAAGAUGGAUCAGAUCGUUGAAAUGGAGCCAAGUUCAGUGUCUAAUGUUGUAUGCCCUGGAUCUUCUUUCCAAUGUCCAGACCUUUUCACUUGUUGUAAAUUGCCUGGUGCUGAGUGGGGCUGCUGCCCAUUUGAAAAUGCAACAUGCUGUGCAGACAAGUUGCAUUGUUGCCCAGAGGGCAUGACCUGUGAUGCCACAUCCACUCAUUGUAGCCGAGGAUUUUAUAAUGUGACAUCUGUUCGAAAUGUGCCUGCCAUGUCUGUAAAAUCAGAGCUUAUUAUAUGUCCUGAUCACUCACAGUGUCAGGACAGUAUGACCUGUUGUCAAUUAAAAAAUAAUAAAUAUGGUUGUUGUCAAUAUCCUAAUGCAACAUGUUGCCCUGAUGGAUUGCAUUGCUGUAAGAAUGGAUAUAAAUGUGAUGAGGGUAAAAAACAAUGUGUAAAGGAUGCUCUAGAAUCGAAUAUGGUUUAGUUCAUUUUAUUUUUUACAUGCUUGAUCUGAUGUUAAUUAUCGAAACAAUAAUAUUCGUUUAAAUUAUAUUUGUUUAAAUUUAAUCAUUUAGAAUCUCGUGCGAUUCUAAAUAAUGACAUUCUGAGAUUCUAAAUCUCCUGAGAAAUGAUGACAGCAUUUAGCUGAUAUUUUGAAUCAUUACUCUUUAUUUUUUUCCUCUUGGUUGUGGGAAUUUUUCUUUUUUCAUUAUAAAAAAGUGUUGGAAAUAGUUAUUUUUCUUAUUAUAUGCUUAAAAGACUGCUAGAGUUAAGCCGUUUGUAAUUUGUUUGAGCAUUGUAUGAAUUAUAUUCAUUAAUCUUAUAAAUUUAAUCAAUAUAAAGUUUUUUUUGAGCAGAGAGAAUAAUGAGCAUUAGACAAUAUGAAUAAAGUAAAACACAGUGAAUGAAGGCACUAAAAUAGACACAAUAUUAAUAUAGUUAAUUUUUGUGUCUUUAUUUACGCUACAUUCACAUUGUUUUGCUUUAUUUUUAUAAAGCACAAAGUAUAGUCUGUCUUCAUUUUGCAUUAGUGUUAUGUACUGAAACCAAAAUUUAAUGUAUUAUAUUAACUAAUCUUAAUUUACUCAGGAAUUAAUUGCUCCUAGUAUCUAUCUCUAGGUUAUAAAAUUAGAUUUUAAUAAAGUUUGAGUGUUUACUAAUAUAAUUUUUAAAUUUAUAUUAUUCUUUUCUUCCAAAAGCACUUAACUUUUUUUAUUAUACUCGAAGCAAUUUUAUUUCGUUUUUGGACAUAGAGAUUAUAUGAUUUUCUUUGGACCUCAAUUGUGCCAUCAAUAAGCCAUUGUGAAUGUUAUGUUUUUUAGAUCGAAAAAUUAUUUUGAUCAAGUAUUGAAAAUAGAGUAUGUGUUUAUCGUUAAAUUUCUACUGUCUCAGUUUCAUUUUGUGAAGUAAGUAUCCACAAUUCAAUUGCAUGUUAUUCUAUGCUAGAAACAUGUUAAUCUAUGCUUUAGAUUUUAUUUAAUACAUAAAUGUAAACAGUGAGACACAAAUUUACGAUUAAAACUUAAAGAAUUAAAUACAUGUAUUUUUAUAAAUAAUAUAUUGUAAAAAAUAUAUAAAACAUGUUUCAAAAUAAAAUUUAAAAUAAUGUUCGUAAUAAUGUUCAAAAUAAAAUUUAAAAUAAUAUUCAUAAAAAUUAUUUGGGUUUUUUUUUUCUGAAUAAAACAAAUCUAUGUAUUUUCCUUCUCACAUUCAAAAUUCAUAAUUUAAAAUUGAUAUAAUAUUAAUUCCUUUUAUUUUGGGUUUAAAGCAGUAAAAUAAUUGAAACUUAUUGCUCACAUUUCAAAUUAUUCUUCAUUAGAAAUUUGGGCCUUAAAAUUAGUAUUGGCAAGUGUAUUGCAUUUUAAUUAAAUUUAUCAUGUUUUAACAAAUUAAUGUUCCUGAAUUUGUGGUUGGUUAAACUAUUUUUUAAUGUCUGUUAAAUAAAACUGUAUUAACUUUGAUUUUUUAAAAAAAAAAAUGUGUCAUUAUUUUAUUUGAGAGUUGUUGAUGAAUAACUUUUAUAAAAGUGUAAAAUAUACUUACUGUGUGUUAAAUAAUGUAUGUUAAACUUCAUUAACUGCAAUUUUAUUUAUUUAAUGAAACGUUUUUUUUUUUUUUUNUUU